AUGGUUUUGGUGGCGAUCGCCGAGGGCUGGCAAGCUGCUGCCCCAUAUCGUGAUACGUUUGAAGCUCUAGCGAGUCGUGUCAUCGCAAUGGUAUUCAACAAGAGCCGCGCUGUGCAGGCAUCUUUUCCUCCUCCUAGUGUGGCUGAAACUAGAGAGCCAGAUACAUGGGGUCACUGGAUUAAUGAUAUGGCAAAUGCCGGAGUUCUGGAAGGGGUCGAUGGACUUUUGGCAGGCUUCAUUGGCGAUUUAACGACACAGAUUAAUUGA